AUGUCCACCAAACUCCAUACUCGUGAAAAUACAACCUCUGUGAGCGGUGUGUCCGGAGUACACAGCUUUGAUCGUGAUGAAGUCGAAAGCUUUGCAGAAUACAUUAGUAAUCAGCUUAAGGAUGAUGCAGAUGUUCAGUCCAAAAUGCCAAUAGUUGGAGAUGAGCUGUUCAAUGCUGUUAAGGAUGGUAUUAUCUUGUGUAAAUUGAUCAAUAUUGCAGCUCCCCAUACCAUCGAUGAACGUGUAAUCAAUGUGAAGGGACAAUUGAAUCCAUGGCAGAUCAAUGAAAAUUGCGAGCUCGCUAUCAACUCUGCUGCAGGUAUUGGUUGUAAAACUGUAAACAUUACUCGAUCGAGUAUUCAAGAAGGAAAGCCUCAUAUUGUUCUGGGACUGUUGUGGCAAGUCAUUAAGAAGAGUGUCACCAAAGACAUUACCAUCAAGCAUCAUCCUGAAUUGGUUCUCCUCUUGAAAGAGGGUGAAGAUAUGGAAAGCUUUGUUAACUUGCCCAUUGAGGAAAUUCUCAUGAGAUGGGUCAAUUAUCACCUUGCAAAGUCUCCCUUGAGUGGCACUAGAAAGAUCACCAACUUUUCGACUGACAUUGCUGACUCUGAAAUUUAUACACAUCUCCUCAACCAAAUAGCACCAGAUGUUUGUGAUUUGAGCCCACUCCAGGAAGAUGACUUGCUCAAGAGGGCCAAUUUCAUGCUUGAUCAGGCUGAAAAGAUUGACGGUCGUCAAUUCAUCAAGGCAGGUGAUGUCGUGAAGGGUAACACAAAAUUGAAUUUGGCCUUCAUUGCCAACUUGUUUAAUACAAGACCAGCCCUCGAGGUUCCACAAGAUAUGAAUGUGGAUUAUGCAUCCUUGUUAGACUUCAGUUCGGAGGGCACUAGAGAAGAGAGAUCAUUCGAAUUCUGGAUGCAAAGUUUGGGCUUGAAUGUGAAUCAUUUGUUUGAUGACAUGCGUGAUGGUGUUGUUUUUGCAGAGUUGUGUGAAAAGAUUAAACCAGGUGCUACCGAUCCAAAGAGAUACACUGCGAACCCAAAGAAUCCAUUCCAAUCCAUCGCAAAUUGUAAUUAUGCUCUUGAUGUUUCAAAAUCAUUGGGUGUUCAUGCCGUCGGAAUUAGUGGAAAAGACUUUUUCGAUAAGAACAAGAAAUUCGUUUUGGCUGUAGUUUGGCAAUUGAUGAAAGUUUCACUUUUAAACACUUUGAAGAAUGUUGGUGGUGGUAAACAAGUCAGCGAAGAGGAUGUGUUGAAUUGGGCCAACAAGAAGGUCGCAGCUCAAAAGAUUACGUCCUUCGAGGAUCCUUCUCUGAGCGAUGGCAAAUUUUUGGUUCAUUUGUGCCAUGCUGUCUCUCCACAAUCAUGUAACCUUGAAAUGCUUUCCGAAGAGAGUGAACAGAACGCCAAAUACGCCAUCAGUGUCGCAAGAAAGAUCGGAGCAGUCGUGUUCUUGUUGUGGGAAGAUAUUGUUGAGGUCAACAAGAAGAUGAUUUUGAGUUUUGUUGCUUCUCUUAUGCUUGCAGAGAUGCAUUUGAAGAAGUAA